CUCGCAUUUAUAGCGCAAUGAGCGCACAGUAGGGCUGAGUAGCGGUCGCUAUAGAAACCCAGCAUUUAAUCAAACACUCGUCUGAUUUGUAUAUUGUUUUGAUUGGAUUGGAGUCGACAUUACAGUCGAGUGUUGACCACAAACACCACAUCCCGAUCACCACCGCUCCAGACAUGGGAUUAUUCUCCGGGAACUCACUCUUCGACACAUUAGUCGAUAAGGCGACGUCCGAGACGAACACCGCGGAGGACUGGGCGCUCAUUAUGGAGAUCUGCGACCGCGUGGGACAGGAGGCCAACGGCGCCAAAGACUGCAUGCGAGCGCUGGUCCGCCGUCUCAACCAUCAGUUGCCAUCCGUUGUCAUGCAAUCGCUUACUCUAUUGGACGCCUGUGUCAGCAAUUGUGGCAAAAUAUUUCAUUUGGAGGUCUGUUCGCGUGAUUUUGAGUCCGAAAUCCGCAAACUGUUGAGUAAAUCACAUCCAAAAGUGUGCGAAAAGUUGCGACUAUUGAUCAAAAAGUGGGCGCAAACUGAGUUCAAAAACGACCCCCAAUUGAGUCUUAUUCCAGCGCUUUAUAACAAACUGAAGAGCGAAGGGAUGGACUUCUCGUCCUCAGAACCGGUCAAGAAGUCGACGCAAUUGCCUAAAAAUCCUGAUGUCGUCACCAGUAAUCAAGAGGAGGAAGACAUCGCCAAAGCCAUCGAAGCGAGCCUUAAGGAGACGUCCGGUUCGCCCAACACUUCGCGCAAUACUAACACUAAUUCCAACACUAGAGUCAACACUAGUCUUUACCCGACAUUCGCUACCGAUUCCAACGCUAACAACGCGUCUUCAGCCAAGAACUCGAUGCCUGAGAAGGAGGCCAUCAAAGUGAGGGCUCUCUAUGACUUCGAGGCCGCAGAGGAUAAUGAGUUGACAUUCAAAUCGGGAGAAAUUAUUCUCGUGUCUGACAAUAGUGACGCCAAUUGGUGGAAGGGGUCCAACCAUAGGGGUGAAGGUCUGUUUCCCGCUAACUUCGUCACCUCUGACUUGGAGGCUGAGCCCGAAUCCAAUCACAAAGCGAAUGAGAAGAAAGUGCAGUUCAGCGAAGAGAUCAAAGUAAAAGUGAUGGAAAAGGAGUCGGAAGUGGUUGAGAUCGACGAGGAGAAGAUCGAUCGACUCCUGCAUCUCAUACACGACUCCGACCCCAACGGAGAGAAGUCUGAUUCGGAAGAGCUUCUGAUUCUCGAAGAGCAAUGCACAGCAAUGUCACCACUCAUUGACCAGGAGUUACAACAGGUGGACAAAAAGCACGCGGCGCUCACCGCUGCCAACAUUCAGCUCAACUCAGCCCUCAAUCUCUACCAUUCCCUCAUGAAAGAGAGCUUCGCAAUGAUGAGCACUCCGUACACACAGUACUAUCCCGGCGUUCCUCAACAACAGCAACAAUACCCGCCUAACCCACAGUACAACCCAAUGCCUCCCCAACAACAACCACAACCACAACCACAAUAUAAUCCGGUAAACCUUCCACCGAAUACCUAUCCAAACUAUAUUCCCCCGCAAAACUCUGGAAUACAGGCGCCACCAACGGCUCAAUACAUGCCAAACCAACCCACAAACCCAGUGGUACCACAACCACAACCACCGCAACAGCAACAACAACAACAGCCGCCGGUUUCCUAUCCCUAUCAUCAGCCCAUAACACAGAUGCCAACCGACGCGUCCAGUCAUCUCUACGGCACCGCAAACGCAGUCCAACCACAGGCUAUUCCUAACAAUUAUCUCUAUUACCAAAACUCGUAAACUCGAUGAAUGUCUACUAGUAAUGCAUAAGCGUUUGAUUUGUACAUAAGUGAAAUAUUAUCGGCAAUUUUAAACAACCAAUUCAUAUAUGAGAUGAUAAUAUUCCCU